GACAAAAAUGGCAAGGGCAAUUGCAGGUAUUUCGACUAGACCAGCUAAAGCCUGAAAUUGACAAAAAAGACAAAAAAAAGAUUGUUCAAUUGAAAAUAACUAAAUAUUUCAACGUUCAUUUAUUGAGUGUUCACAUUCUGAAUAACAGGCGGCGCUGUACAUAGUACGUGUGCCGUCAAUGUGUCAAAUCAUCAGCUGUUCAAACUCUCUUCGAAAUGGGUUUCAUGUGUAUAUACGUAUGUGUUUGUGGAUUGUAAUAGACAGACUGAGAUCGAGAGAAAAAGCGGUCGUAUAGAGUAUAUCUCUCGCGCUCAACACAUAGCAUCUAUUCGAAGUGUCAUUGGACAACGCGCGUUUUCUCUUCUCUUUUCUGUUCAGUAUACGAUUCUUUUUUUCUCUUGUAAAUUCGGUACGUUCACUAAAUUCGGUCCAAAAUUAGAUUGUGUUAUUAUCGAGAUUUGUGUUCGAAAUCAGUUCAAAUCGAGCUGAAUCAACAAUUUGUGCCCACAGUGACAUUAGUUUUCUUUUCUUUUUUUUUAUCAAAUUGUGGCAUAUUUUCACAACCAUCGAUAUUUCAAAGUGUUCAAUGGUGGACGUGUACCUCGUUCAUGCAAAUCAAUUUAUUCGUAUCGUUUGAUGUGUUGAAACAAUUAUUUUUUAGUUAAAAUUCCAAAUUUAGUGAACUGAAACCGAUUUAAAUCUAGUAAAAAAAAGUAAACAAGUAAGAAAAUGUCGAGUUCAUUGAGUGAAUUACGUAAUUUUCGAUUGAAUAAAGGCAGUGCAAGUACCAAUGGAACUAGUUCAUCAAGUAAAUUGGCAACUGGCCGUAAGCGAAUUCGUGCAAUCAGCGACAGUUCGGACGAUGAACAUGCAAAGAAACAAACAUCACCACAAAAACCCACACAGAAUGGCACAACCGCUGCCCCAUUGACGACUGAAGACAAAGUAGAACGUUUCCACAUCUUUCGGGAAAUUGUUGAGCAAAGCAAAGUGGAUUCAUUGAUUUUGCAGGAUUUUCUCGUUCGAAACGAUUGGGACGUACAGAAAGCAUAUGAUGCGCUGCAAGAUGAUCCCAAAUACAAAAACUCCGGCACACAUUCCACUCCAACCAUCAAACAAUCACCAAGUGUUUCAGCGAAUCAUUCAUUAAAUGCCUCCGUCGAGGUGGUACGAGAGCAAAGGCAAAAACAGAACAAGCCUAAGAAACGACGUGUACACGAUAGCGAUGGAGGCGGUAGUAGUGAUGAUUGUGGAUAUGGUGGAUCGAAUCGAGUGUAUAACAGCGACGAAGACAGUGACGACGACACAUCAUUCCUAAUGACCAAAGAUCGAAAGAGAGUUUUGGAAUUCCUGAACACGGGCACAAAUGGCGAACUGAUGGCAGUGAAAAGUUUAUCGGCCAAAAAGAUUGAAGUGUUGUUACCAUUGCGACCGUUCAAUGAUUGGACUGAUUUACGGUUUAAAAUCGAUUCCAACAAAUUUUUGUCGAUGGACAUGUUGAACGCUACGCAAGAGUACUUGAAUCAGCGCAACAAUAUGGCCCGCAUAAUGAAAAAGUGCAAGAAAUUGGUGCAAAAACUGGAAGAUGCCGUUGCAAAGGGCGAUAAAGUGGUCAAACAGCCGUCUCUUUUGAAUCAUGAUUUAAAGUUGGCCGAUUAUCAAUUGGUCGGUUUGAAUUGGCUCGCAAUUAUCCAUUCGCAGCGGAUGAAUGGCAUUCUUGCCGACGAAAUGGGAUUGGGGAAGACCAUUCAGGUGAUUGCAUUUUUGGCGUAUUUAAAAGAGACGAAUCAAUCGCAUCGAACUCAUUUAAUCGUUGUACCCUCAUCAACACUCGACAAUUGGGACAAUGAAUUGUCCAAAUGGUGUCCGGCUUUGAUUGUUGAAAAAUACUACGGAAGUGCGGCCGAACGUCGUUCGUUGCGUAUUCAAUGGUCCAAAGGCGGAUUGGAAGGUGUUGAUGUUUUGCUCACCACAUACCAUAUGGUUGCGUCAACGCCAGAAGAACGGAAAAUGUUCCGUGUGACCCGAAUGCAUUACGUCAUCUUCGAUGAAGCGCACAUGCUGAAGAACAUGACUACACAACGAUACAUUCAAUUGGCUCAAAUCAACGCCGAAAGCCGUUUAUUGCUCACGGGUACACCAUUGCAAAACAAUCUGCUGGAAUUAAUGUCGUUGCUAUGCUUCGUGAUGCCUUCAAUGUUUGCCAAUAAUACCGACGACAUAAAAAACCUCUUCCAGAAAACGAAGCAAAUCAAAGGCGAAGAGUUGACGGCAUUUGAAAAGAAUCAAAUCGAACAAGCAAAACAGAUUAUGAAACCGUUUGUGUUGCGUCGAUUAAAGGAUGUGGUCUUGACCUGUUUGCCAGAGAAGAAAUACAAUACAAUCAAGGUACCGUUGACAGAAACACAGAAGGAAAACUAUCAGGAAUUAGUGGAGUUGUAUUCGAGUGACGAUGGCAUUGUGCAAGCAACGAAUGAACAAAGUGGCAUCUCAAUCAUGAUGGAUAUGAGAAAGCUAGCAAAUCACCCACUUCUUUUGCGUUAUUAUUACAGCGAUGAUACGGUGCAUGAAAUUGCCAAAAUCCUAUCGACACAUCCAAAUUACAAAAAGAAUCGCAAUCCUCAGUAUGUUUUUGAAGAAUUGGCUCCGCUCUCCGAUUUUCAACUCUUUCAAACCAUGCAAAACUAUCAAAUUACCGGUUAUAAAAUUCCCGAUCGUUUGAUUGUCGAUUCGGGCAAGUUCCGUGAGCUCGACCGAUUGCUGCCUGAACUCAAGGCGAGCGGACAUCGUGUGCUGGUCUUUUCCCAAUUUACGAUGAUGCUGGACAUUUUGGAACGUUACUUGAACAUUCGAAAGCACCAGUUCUUGCGAUUCGAUGGGCAAACGGCGGUGGUUGAGCGGCAAGCAAUCAUCGAUGAAUAUAUUGAAAACGAAGAUAUUUUUGUAUUUUUACUAUCAACGAAAGCGGGUGGUUUGGGAAUCAAUCUAAUCGCUGCCGAUACAGUGAUCAUACAUGACAUUGACUUCAAUCCGUACAACGAUAAACAGGCCGAGGAUCGUUGCCAUCGAAUGGGGCAAACGAAACCAGUCACAAUUUAUCGAUUCAUCGCAGAGGGUACGAUUGAAGAAGGCAUGUCCAUGGUGGCUAAAGAAAAGCUAAACUUGGAACGUGAAGUGACCGCCGAUGAAGCGGACAGUGAAAAUGGGGAAUCGAAUGAACAAGAUCUCAAAUGCAUGGUGCGACUAUUGACCAUGGCUUUGGGCAUGAAAGAUGAAAAUAAAGUGGAAAACAUGAUAUCACCCAUGAAGAAAAAGCCAAGCAGCUAAUUUACCCAAUCAAAACUCCAUUCCCAACAACCAUACAUUUCAACACAUUUUAUGUUCAUUCAUUUUUGUUUGUCAAUAUUGUUUGCCCCAAUUUCCAAUUCACUUUAUUACACCAUUAUUAACAUAUAUAGACAUUAUAGCAUAGACGUAAUUUACAAUUAUUGUGAUAAAUGUUAGUUGGCUGGAGCGCUCCUUUAAUUAUUACAAUAGCACGAAUAAUUUAUACAUUUUUAUGUCAACAAACAAAAUAGCACAGUGUUAAUUAAGGUUUUUAAGGAUAAUUGUCACCAAAUCACCAAAAAAGAAA